AGCUGGUCGGGGUUGGUCAGUGUUGUCAGAAGAGCAGCAUGAGACCUCUCUCUGUACGGAUCAUGCAAGCAUGGGAAUAUUUGCAGGAAAAGACCAUUUGACAGCUCACUCACACAAAAGAAACAUGUGGAGGACCCUAACACUAUCACUGAUAGUUGCACUGGCAUUUGGCACAGAGGUGUCCCAGUCUGAGGAUGUGGGGUCCAUGGCUGUCGAGAAGGCGGUGGAGGAGCAGCAGGAGAAUUUCAGUGACACAUCCACCUUAAUAGGAAAGUCUCGACACCAGAUCCUGGCUGCUCAGUUUGAGUGCUACCUGAAGAUAAUCCAUGAUCCACCACGAAGAGAAGAAGGUAAUUACUGUAACCGUACGUGGGACGGCUGGCUGUGCUGGGGGGAUUCAGCUCCAGGGACUGUCAUGCAGAUGUGUCCUGAAUACUUUUUUGACUUUGACCCUGCUGAGAAAGUUACCAAAGUGUGUAAUCCUGGUGGCCAGUGGUUCCACCACCCAGAGAGCAACAGAGUCUGGACUAACUACACAGAGUGUCAGGCAUACACCAAAGACAAACGCAAGUUUGCCAUCAGUCUCUACUACCUGGCCAUGGUGGGUCACGGCCUGUCUAUUGUCUCCCUGAUCAUCUGUCUGAUCAUCUUCUCCUACUUCAAGAGUCUUAGCUGCCAGAGAAUCUCCCUCCACAAGAACAUGUUUCUCUCUUUCAUCUUGAACUCCAUUUUUACCAUAAUGUGGCUCUCACUGACUGUGGCCAAUAACCAAGCCAUAAACGCCAGCAAUCCUGUGAGCUGUAAGGUCCUGGCUGUGCUGACUCAGUAUACGUCGACUUCCAACUACUUCUGGAUGCUGUGUGAAGGCAUCUACCUGCACACACUCAUCAUAGUGGCCGUCUUUGUGGGGGAACAGCAGCUCUUCUGGUACUACGUCCUGGGAUGGGGUUUUCCUGUCAUUCCUGCCAUCACGUAUGCCGUGGCUCGCGGGCUCUUCUUUAACGACAAGUGUUGGAUCAGCUCUGACACACAUCUGCUCUACAUCAUUCAUGGGCCAAUUCAAGCUGCACUACUUGUGAACUUUUUCUUUCUCCUGAACAUCGUCCGGGUUUUAAUCACCAAGUUGAAAGAGACCCACUGCGCUGAGUCCACAGCCUACAUGAAGGCGGUGAGAGCCACCCUGAUCCUAAUCCCUCUGCUGGGAGUCCAGUACAUCCUUUUACCCUGGAGGCCCGAGGGACGCAUCAGCCGGGCCAUCUAUGAAUUCUUUGUACAUAUCUUCUGUCACUUCCAGGGACUCCUGGUGGCAAUUAUAUUCUGUUUUUGCAAUACUGAGGCCCAGACAGCGCUGCAGAGGAAGUGGGCUCAGUGGAAGUCUGCCUGGGGUAAAACCGGCUGGGGUGAAACACCCAUCACCAACAACCACUUCAACUACCACAACAACUCCUCCAUUACGGAAACCAGCCGCGCCACCAUCAACUUGGAGGAGCCUACUGUUGCGCCUUCUGAACAAAACGAAAACAGCCACUUCCUGUCCCAGGUUCCACAGAAAGCCAACGGGCAACAGACGACAUGCAGCAAUGGGCAGGUGGAAAUACUCAAUAAGUUGGAGACCACCAACAUCUGACUGGAGAAAACACGGAGGUGAUGUUCGUGGUCACACACACAUGCGCACACGCACACACACACACACACACACACACACACACACAACAAACAGAGAGGUUGGAGGUGAUAAAGGUUAACCGAUUGGGCAGUGUAUGUAAACAUUAUCUGAAAAGCACUUAAAAAGCAUGUGAUGUUCACACAUACACAUUUUUAUAGCAACAGCUCCAGUUGUUGGGCUCUCAUGAACUGAUGAGAAAAAAAAAGAAAAAAGAAAUAUAUAUAUAUAUUUAUAUCAGAAUCAGAAUCAGAAAUCCUUUAUUCGUCCCAUAACGGGGAAAUGUACAUGUUACAGCAAAAAAAAAAACAUGAAGUAAAGUGGCAAGUACACAAUAAUUAAACAGAUAAAGAUAAAAAUAAGUACAAAGUGGUUGAUAAAAAAUUAUAAAAGUGAAUAUCGCACAUGACAAUGAUAAUUGCACAACAGUGGUGGAAUAGUCUGUUCUUGGUGGUGGUCUACCAGGGGCCGUGGUGAUUGUACAGUCUGACCGCUGCAGGAAGAAAGGACCUGUAUCUCUCCGUGAGACACCGCGGGUGAAGCAGCCUGUCGCUGAAGGAGCUGCACAGUGCGGACAAAGUGUCCUGUUAUAUCAUUGUGUCAUCCUGUAAUCCUAGUAUAGUAAUGUUUUUUGCGUACAUGUGUUCUGUUGCUGGGAUAAAGUUCUUUCAGUAUUUCAGUAUUUUUAUAAUGCUUUUCCUGUUCAAAUGGAAAGAGUUGCAAAUCCCAAACCUGCCAUUUUGAUAUCACAAAUGCAGAGCUGUUUAUGUUAUCUGUUGACUUACAGUAUAAAGCCUCUAAAACCUUUACCCGUGCAGCACUGAGACCAAUGAAUGUCAUAGCUCACAGAUGUGAUCCAUAUGUUCUUUUACCUGGGAAAUAAAAUCAAAUCAUUACUGGCCUGUGGAAAAGCCAGCAUCGCUUUUUAACCUGUCCUUCAGGAAAUAAAUACCACACCACACUGAUAAUUAUGCUAACAGGACAAGCGGCAUAAACAUGGUUCAGAUUUCGAUUUCCCAAGGACAGGUAAAAACAAUUGAUGGCCAGAAGACUUAAUUUUGUAGAGCAUGUUGGACUUAUCUGUUUUACCAUAUAAAGAUCUAUAAUACUAUAUAGAAUUCAUAAACCCCAAAAAACCCUUUAAUACACUCACUUUUAAGGACGAAGAAAAUGAGAAUUAAAUAGUUUGUCUCAAAUAUAGCUUUUGCAGACAGAGCAAGACUGUCAAAUGAGUGUAUACAUUUUUCAGAUAAUUUCUUUUUUUUUCCUUCACUUAUUAACUCCACUUUGUCUUUUAUUAUUAUAGUGUUCCUAUUGCUGUCUGUUUCACUAUUUCUAAUAGAUUGUAUUAUUGUGACAAUAUUAUUUUUUGAAAAUACAAUUCACUGCCACUUCAAAGAGAUGAAUGAAUCUAUGAAUAGUUUUUCCAUUGCACAUGUACCGUAUGAACACCGGCAGGCUACAAUACCAACGUCUUUUCAGAUUACACUGGAAUACUGAGCAAGUCUUAUGUUUGAAUGUGAGCUUGCAGCAAAUGUAUUUUUCCAGGAUGCAUCCAUACAUGACGCAACAUACUUUGGGUAAACAAAUGUUCCAGUGUGGAUACAACAGGUGACACUGAUGCAUGGGAAUACAACACAAUUGUGGUAAGAAAACAGCUGAGUAUGAAAAACAAAAAAAGAAGGGGGAUACCCUGUAAACUUUUGCCAAUGCUGCCCAAUAAAGCAACAGCAGUCAUGGACAUAAUUGUAAAGAAAUUUGAAAAACAUUCCAAUAAAACGUCAAAAGAAAUGUUCAAUUCAAGCAUAUUAUUGUAUAUAUAUUUUUAACUCUGCCAUUUAUGUGUGGAAAUAAAGUUGUUUGAACAUAAA